AUACUGUUAAAUAUGCAUUUUAUAUUCGACUUCCUUUAGUAAUGUUUAAGAUAAAACAAAUUUUGGUUCACUUUGCUGCGUUAAAUGUGCAUUCUGUAGUUGACUUCCUUAGAAAUAUUUUAUUUUGAAAUAUUUACGAUAAUAUUUGAGUCUUGUGUUAAUUAUGUUGCUUUGAAUGUAUACUUUACCCCCCACCCCCCAAAAAUGAGCCUUCUUUCCAUAUUAGCCCAGUUGUAAAUGACAUUGUGUAAACAGUUGUUGUUUUUUUAAUGUAAAUACUUUGUGUUUCCCCUGGUUUGACUGUUCAGUAAGUUCCAGUGAAAUAUUUCAGCGUUAUACAUGGAUAAAGAGAUUGGGAUAUUGUCAAGAGCUGGGAGAGGUUAACCAGCAAGGCCAUCUAGCCAGAUUCCUCAGUUGUAAGACCAUCUAACAUCAAAUCACCCUGUCAUCCAGAUCACUGUGUGUCAUAACCGACAUUUAGGGAUAUCGCAUUAAGCCCCAAACAUCUCGAGAACAUCAAGGCGUUGGCUGUGAAUUUGGACCUCCAUUGUUGCCAUGGCUAUGAGAAUUCUAGGAUGCCGGGAGUAACGCAGAAACGAUGUCACAACCGAGCGGAAUGCUUGGAACUGGCACACAGAGGCUUACUGUGAAGGGGUCAAAGAUCAGGGAAUACACAGGCAUGGGGUGGUGAUGCGGUGGCCUCUUCCAAGAGCCUCGCCAGUGCAGCCUCCGUAAUGGAGAGGCAUGUGGCUAUGGUUGCUUGGUAACCGCAUGGAGCCACCACCAGUGUUGGCCGCCAUUUCCCAAAUCAUCCUUUGCUGGGGUCAGAUGAGCAAGAGGGGAGCGGGGCCUCGUGUAGUAUGGGCCCCGUUGCCUCCUCUAAUGCCCAUCUCUUCUUCCUCGCGAUACUGCUGGUGUCCCUGACGAGGGUGGACUUAGCCAUAGAGCCUUGCCCAACCCCAUGCCGUUGCACCUUGGAGAUCCUCAACUGUAGCCGGAUCAGCAGUCCUCCGGGACUCCACCGCGUGCCUCUCCCCAAGCCCUUUGGCCAUGCUCACGUUUUUUUCUUCUUAGACUUCACUGAUAAUGCGAUUUCUUCCAUUGGGAAGCAGGUGUGGAGGGCCUAUCCUUGGGCUGAGUACUUGGUCCUCAAGAGCAACAGCCUGAGCAGACUUCAGAAUACCUCUCUGGAUGGCUUGCUUUCCCUUACUCACCUGGACUUGUCAUGCAAUAAAAUCCACUUCAUUGAGAAAAACGCCUUUGAACCUGUCCCGUUUCUGCAAUUUAUAAAUCUCAGCGGCAACGUUAUUGGGCGGAUCACGCAAGGGGCGUUUGAGGCCUGGCACGGAAUGCAGUUUUUGCUCAAAAUGGUUCUCAACCAUAAUCCGCUAACGGUCAUUGAAGAUGCCCGUUUUUACAAACUGCCCUCGCUGAAGUUCCUGGACCUUGGUGCCACUGAUGUGACUCCAGAGAUAUUGGAGGCCCUUCUCAGAACUUGCCUGCAACUGAAAACUCUCAUCUUGCCCAAAAAGAUGGCCUGUUGCCUCUGCCAUAUUCAGGACGACAUUGAGCUUUUGUGUGAGUCGGUCAAGUUGGAUUGUGCCAACACAUGUACCGCUAACGUCACUUUGUGUGAGAAAGAGGAGGCGAUGAACAAGAUGCAAGAAGAUGUCAUAAAGGUGCUGGAAACCAGGAAGCUGAACGACAGCGGCAGCACCCUGAACAUUAUGCCGGAGAGGUCUUUCCGCGCCAACCUGACUCUGACCCUCUCGGCCACCGAGGGCAAGUCUCACUUGGACCUUCAUUUCCACCGACUCCCCACCAGCCUUUUCAAAUCCGUCAAGGGCUUCAAAAAGCUGAAAAGCGAGGACCUCCUGGAUGUGAAGUGGACCGACCAAAGCGAGCUGAAGAAGUUGUACCUGCUGGCCAACUUGCUGCAGGUGGCGCUCAAAGAAAAAAUUGCAGAAGAUGAAAGGGAGAGUCAAGGCGGGUCACAGCCGGCUCAGGAGCCUCCGAAAGCACAGCCUGCUACAGGGGCUGCCCAAGGGAAGGGAAGACACCUAAGAAGGGUGAAAAGAGAAACUUGGCGUGGCAACACCCCAAGAUGGGUGGAGUCGUUUCUCAGGGCUGGCAGAGAGAGGCGAGGAUUUGCAGAGUCUGCUAAGCAGCAUGCGGGGCAGCAAAGCAGCACAGAUUCCCCUGCUAGGCCUCGGAACUGGAGGAAGCUAGCCGGGGGUCUAGAGCCUCUAAGUAUGGCUCGACUCCGCCGAGCAGCUCUUGGCUCCUCUUGGAAACGCUCCGCCGGACAGUACCCGACCCAGUCCCCUCCCUUGACUGCCUCCAUCAUGGUGGACGAGAAUCCCGAAGACAUGACAGGCAAGGUAGUGAUUAUCUUGAAGCACCCCAACAAAACCAGCAGCACAGAACAGGGAGAGCAAACCCCUUCUGUGAAGGAGGAGGUGCAAGUAGUACCUAACCCGGUUUCACCCGCCGAGGCUCAGCCGGCCGUCGAGGUUCAGCCGGCCGCCGAGGCUCAGCCGGCCGCCGAGGCCCAGCCGGCCGCCGAGGCCCAACCUGCCGUCGCAUCUCCACGUGAAGAGAGCACAGACAAGUCGGAGGAAAUUUUGCGGGAGCGCCUGGAGUCUGAGAUAUUGAAGAAGGAGGAGCUGCUCAGCCAGCUGAUGAAAGAAGAUAAAUCCAAGCCCCCACCCGACGACUCGGAAACCUUGAACGAGAUCUCCCCUGACAUCACCUUGUCGCAAGAGACGCACUGGGAGCACCACGAGCAGAGGACCACGUAUUCCCCGCGCCUUCAGCUCCUGCCAGCUCCAGACGACUAUUUGCUUCAGGGCGACCUCUUUGAAGCGGAGCUGAACAAGCGUCUGGAGCCCCUCAUCCCCAACGCGCCGGUGAGGAACCUCAUCUCCCACGUGAUCCGCAUCUUGAAGAUGGACUGCACAGAACCCGCCAUCCAGCUGGCUUGUGCUAAGCUCAUCUCCAGGACAGGCCUCCUCAUGAAGCUCUUCAGCGAGAGAGAAAACAUCAAGGAGACCACCUCCCUGUGGAAGUCGUACCUUUGGUCUGCCAAGAACACAGCCAACAAGACCACGUUGAGCCCAAGGAAAAUGGGGAAACCUUCCGACGAGAUAGCGAGGCAGGGGAUUCCGGAAUAUGGGUACGGCAACAAGCUGUUGCUGGCUAUUUCAGUGACGGCUGUGAUAAUGAUUAUCAUUGCAGUAAUUUGCCUGAUUGAGAUCUGCUCUCAGCGUUCGGCAGCUAAAUCAAAGGACGGCAGCUCUGAAAAACGGACCUUUCUGGGCAGAAGGAAGAAAGGUGCAGAUAGACAGGGUUCUGCCGACAAGCCUCUUUGGCUCAAAGACAUGUAUCAGCCUCUGGAUGAUGCUCGGAGGAGGAGCAUGAUUGGUAAACUCCACGAUGAAGAGACCUCGGAUGAGGAAGAUAUAUUCAACUGGGCCAAAUCAAGGGAGCCACCCCCUGUGGAAAAGCCCAGUUCAGUAAAAGUAGUUGAAGAGCCCCCUGUUAAAAAGGCCAGUUCAAAGAAACUGGCGCCAGAACCCCCACCUCCAGCUCCGAAGCCAGAGUCUUCAGGAGGAGAAGACGAUAGUGGGUCAAAGAAACCGAGUUCAGCUGAAGAAGGCGAAGGGGAUGAAGAGGAGGAUGAAUGAUUGUCCUUUUGUGAAUAUUGCUGUAUAUUAUCUAGAGCACUUUAUAAAGUACUAUUGUUGUUUAUAAGGAAUACUAUUAAAUGCAUUCCUCUGAAAGGUA